UUUUUUUUUUGGCUGCUGUUUCACCUGCAAAAGCUGAAGCCUCGCUGCAUUUUUAACACUACUGGUCUUGGUGAAGUUUACCUCAGAAGCAGUGCCGGUCGUCUUGGCUUGCUGUCUGUGCUGCUGAAAUAAUGUAGUGGAAAUGAUAGCCGAGCCCAACACAGCCAGUAACCUUCCUAGCCAAAAAGAGAAUGCCGUCCAUGAUGAGACUGUGCCUGGCUCUGCUGUGCAGAAUGGCAGCUGUGUGAGAAAUGGCAACCUGAAAACACCUAGAGAGAAACGGAAGGUUAGAGAACAGUGUGAAAACAUAAGAAGAAAUUCUUCCAGUGGCAGAAGACUGAGCCAGCUGCAGAAUGGCGAAGUGAUUGAGGCAGUUACGUUGUUUGAAGUGGUUAGCAUGGGGAAGCGGGCCAUGCAGUCUGUAGUAGAUGACUGGGUUGAAGCUUAUAAACAAGACAGGAACGUGGCACUUCUAGAUCUGAUCAACUUCUUCAUUCAAUGCUCAGGCUGUCAAGGCAUGGUAACAGCAGAGAUGUUUCAAAGUUUACAUAAGAAGGAUGUCAUGCGAAGAAUGACAGAGACUUUUGAUGAGGAAACCGGGUUGCAGUACAAGAAAUUCAUGGCCUAUCCAUGGAUCCUGACAGUUACUUGGCCUGUGGACAUGGACAAUGAAGACUACCCGCUGAUCAGAACAGGACCCUAUUGGAAGAAGUUCAAAGCCAAUUUCUGUGAAUUUAUUGCAGUGCUUGUCCAACAGUGCCAGUACAGCAUCCUGUAUGAUAGCUACUUGAUGGACACUGUCAUCUCGUUGCUUACGGGCUUAGCAGACUCCAUGGUCAGAGCAUUUAGACACACAAGCACUUUGGCAGCAAUGAAACUUCUGACAGCAGUUGUAAGUGUACAUCUGAACCUUGAUGUCAACAAGCACAACGCUCGAAGAUUAUAUGAGGUGGAAAAGAAGAGAAUAAGCGGCAAGAGGACCAGUUACAGACUUGAACAGCUAGAGAGGAAAAGGAAAGAGUAUGAGCAUAAGCUUCUAGAUAUACAGAACAUGAUGAAUGCUAUUUUCAAAGGGACAUUUCUAACUCGUUACUGUGAUGUUAUCCCUGAGAUCAGAGCAACUUGCAUUGAAGAAAUUUGCAACUGGAUUAAAACAUAUCCAGAUGCUUUUUUAAAUGAUAGCUACUUGAAAUACAUUGGGUGGAUGCUGUAUGAUAAGCAAGCUGAAGUGCGGUUGAAAUGUCUUCUUGGACUGCAGGGAAUUUACAGCAAAAAAGAACUUGUUUCCAGGAUGGAACUCUUUACUAGCAGAUUCAAGGAGCGAAUUGUGUCCAUGCCUCUGGACAAGGACCAUGAAGUAGCAGUUCAAGCCAUGAAACUCUUGAUGCUUAUGUCACAGAACUGCGAGGAUAUGUUAUCAGCUGAAGACUGUGAAAUGUUAAACCAGUUUGUUUAUACCACACACCGUCCGCUUGCAGUAGCAGCUGGGGAAUUCCUUUAUAAAAGGCUGCUUAGUCAUGAGGGAGAUGAAGAAGUGCAGCCCAAAGUAGAAGGGAAGACUGGGGCGAGUGCUGACCAGUUGAAAAGAUUAAUACGUUUUUUCUUGGAGAGUGAGCUACACAAACAUGUUGCAUACCUCAUAGACAGCUUAUGGGACUGGGCAGGCAAAUUCCUGAAGGACUGGGAGUGCAUGACCACUCUUCUGCUAGGAAAUGCUGAAGGAGAUGGAGAAGCACUGAGUGAUGCCCAUGAAAGUGUUCUCAUUGAAAUUAUCCUCGCAACGGUUAGAGAAGCAGCUGAAGGCCAUCCUCCAGUGGGCAGAGGUGCAGCCAAAAAAAUUCUGUCAGUAAAAGAGAAGAAAAUACAAUUGGAAGAUUGUACCAAAAUUACUGAACAUUUUAUUGUGGUGCUUCCUGAGCUCUUGGCAAAGUAUUCAACAGAUGCAGAAAAAGUGACAAAUCUUCUGCAGAUUCCUCAGUAUUACGAUUUAGAUGUUUACAGCAUGGGACAUCUAGAGAAGCAUUUGGAUGCUUUGCUGAGAGAGAUAAAAGACAUUGUGGUGAAACACUCUGACAUGUCUGUCCUUGAGGCUUCCUCCAAGACUUACUAUAUCCUCUGCAGUGAAGAAAUUGCUAUCUAUAGCCAGGUGGAUCGGGCCCGAACUCAACUGAUAGAUGAGUUGAUGGAACAGCUUAACCAGCUACUAGACAGCUUCUGGCAAAAGGAAGAAGGAUUUUGUACAGAUGCAGCAGAAAUUUCCCGGAUACACUCUGCUUUGAGAAGAGUAGCAGCUUUUCAUAAUGCUCAUGAUCUCACUAAGUGGAAUCUGUAUGACAAGACUUUAAGGUUGCUGGUGUUUGAAAUGGAACAUGGGAACUUGCCUGUUCUGAUGAUCCUGCCAGCUCUCCAGUGCAUGUAUUUUUCUCUCUUGUGGCAACUAGCUACAGUUUCCGUAAACUCUCCCAAGGAGACUCUUUUUGCACUAAGAAGAGAGCUGAGACGUUUCAGUCAGAUUUGCAUGUGCUUCCUCCACCAUAAGGAAAAAGACGUAAGAGAAAAGGCCUUCAUGAUACUCUGUGACUGGUUGCUGAUUUUGAGUCAUCGGGAUUCAAAUAAUAAUGAAGAAGCAGUCGAACUUCUAGAUUGUCUUCCUAGCACAUCACUUCAGGAAAAACUGCUUUUGUUUAUCCAGGAACAUGUCUUCAUGGAAGAAGAAGAGGAAAGCAAAGACGUGACAGAAGAGGAGGAGAGAGAGGAUGAAAGUUGCAAACUUGAUGACUUGCACAAAAAGCGGAGUCUUCUUGCAGCAUAUUGCAAGUUAAUAGUGUAUAAUGUGGUAGAGAUGACUGCGGCUGCUGAGAUCUAUAAGUACUAUGUGAAGACCUACAAUGAUUUUGGAGACAUAAUUAAAGAAACAUUAAGCAAGACGAGGCACAGUAACAGAAUUCAGAGUGCCAAGACGCUGGUUCUCUGUCUGCAGCAGUUGUUUCAGACACACACAGAAAACCAAGAGAGCAGUAGUGGUGUGGAUUUCUCCUCUGCUUCCUUCACAAAUAUGAAAGAACUUGCUCGUCGCUUUUCACUAACGUUUGGCUGGGACCAGGUGAAAUCCAGAGAGUCUGUAGCAAUGAUACACAAGGAAGGGAUUGAAUUUGCUUUUCAGGGAGCCACUGGAGUAGAUGGAAGAUGCUUGCCUCCUAACUUGAGCUUUCUGUUAAUCAUCAGUGAAUUUUCCAACAAGCUGCUAAAGCCUGACAAAAGACUAGUGUAUGCCUACUUACAGAGGUACAUAGUAGAACCACUGCCUUGCAGAGGAGAUGAAUGGCAGCCAUUGAUUUGGUACAGAAACUCUUUACUGGCGAGUGAAGAUGAGGAGAGCUCCGUCCUCGGCAGUUCAGGAAAGUGGUCCCCCGUGGGCGCAUCUAAAGUGCCUUCUUUUAAGAGGAAAUUGUCUAAUGGGUCUUUGCCUGAAACGAGUAAGACUGAAGCAGCAAGCAAAGCUCCAGACCUGCAGUGUGCUUCCCAGCUUCCCUCUGCAGCUGGGAAAAGCAGAAAGAGGCUAAAAUCUCGAGAGAUGCAUUUGCAGGAACAUUUGCCGUUCCUUUGUCCAGGAGGGCUACAGAGGAGAUACUGCAAAGAUGAGAUUAAGACAGAAGGUGCAUCAGAGGAGGGUCAAGCAGAAGACACAGUUGAAGAUGUCGAUGUUGAUGUGGUUGGUGCAGACCAGGAUAAUUAAGAAGCUGAGAGGAUAAAUGGGAGUGAAGAACACACUACUAUUUUUUUUUUUCUGUGAGUUAUGUAACUGAAAACGGGUUUGCAAUGGCAGCAAGCGUGCCAAUGGGAGAUGGGAGCCAAGUUAGAUCUCUGC